AUGUCUUUCCUCCUUGCUUCCUUCCUUGCGGUGUCCCUCGCGGCGUCGGGGUACGCUAAUCCACUCUCCACGCACCCCUAUGACGUUCCGCACGAGCGGUCGUCGCUGGCGUAUGCACCUCUGCUCAUCCCUCACCACCCUUACGGGACGGUGAACAACUCGUACAUCAUCAUGCUCAAGGAAGGCAUCACGCCUGCCCUCAUGCAGAACCACCUCAACUUCCUUGCAACCGUACACGAGUCAAACCCAUUGGUCGACGACUUGGACGCGGGGCUGAGGCACGUUUACGAUGGCCACGUCAAGGGCUACGCUGGCAAGUUCAGCGAGGACACGAUUGUCAGCAUCAGGCAAAUGCCCGAGGUUGAGUACAUCGAGCGCGACCAGAUCGUCCGGACCCUCGACAUGCCAGCUGACGAGGUUGACAUCAACUCUGUCAAGUCGCAGAAGAAUGCCCCCUGGGGUCUGGCCCGGAUAAGCCACCGCUCGCGACUCACAUUUGGCACGUUCAAGAAGUAUGAGUAUGAUCCCCGCGGUGGCGAGGGUGUCGAUGUGUACGUCGUCGACACCGGUAUCUUUAUCAACCAUACCGAGUUUGAGGGUCGUGCAUCGUGGGGCGCGACGAUCCCUCAGGGUGAUGUCGAUGAAGAUGCGAACGGCCACGGUACCCAUUGUGCUGGUACUAUUGCAUCUCGUGCAUAUGGUGUCGCCAAGGCUGCCAAUGUUAUUGCUGUCAAGGUUCUCGGCAGCAACGGCAGUGGAAGUAUGAGUGACGUUGUUGCUGGCGUUGCCUUCGUAGCGAAGCAGGCUGCAACAAAGGCGGCGGCCGCGGCUAAGGAGUUCGCCGAGACAGGCAAGACCAAGCAUAAGGGCUCUGUUGCUAACAUGUCUCUUGGUGGUGGCAAAUCGAGGGCGCUGGACGAAACUGUCAACAAGGCUGUUGAUGGUGGCGUAUUGUUCGCUGUUGCUGCUGGUAACGAUAACAGGGAUGCUUGCACCAGUUCUCCCGCUUCCGCAGAGAAGGCUGUCACUGUAGGUGCCUCCACCCUUGGUGAUGACCGUGCAUACUUCUCCAACUAUGGCCCUUGUGUUGACGUUUUCGCACCCGGUUUAAACGUCUUGUCGACCUACAUUGGCCACAAGGAUGCGGUGACCACCAUAUCUGGCACGUCCAUGGCAUCGCCGCACACUGCCGGUCUGCUCGCAUACCUUCUCUCAAUUUACCCCUCCGCCACCUUCGACCCCACACUUGUCCCUGACCUCACACCCGCCGUCAUGCAAGAGCAGAGUUUCACUCCCUCGUUCUCCCGCGCCUACGAAUUCGCACACUCUGUCUUGCCGAGCUGGGUGUCUAUGUUCCUCCCCCCACCUCAGCUCGUGGUUGCCCCUAUUCCCGCGCCGCCGACCACCCUGACGCCCAAGCAGCUGAAGCAGGCUUUGCUUGCGCUCGCGACGGAGAACGUUCUUGAAACCCUGCCAACGGGCACCCCCAACCUGUUGAUCUUUAACAACGCCACCGCAUAA